UUCGGAGUUUAUCUGUGCCGAAGCUUCUUCCGUCUUCUCUUUGUCGUCUCAUCGCCGGUGCCCUCGCUCGCCGACAAUGUUCUUCAAGAUUUUCCGUCCAUGCUGCGAAGACUCGCAGAUCUCCUCAUCCAUCAUCUCCUCCUCCUCCGCGAAGCUCAAGGAGACUCGGGAAAUGCUUCAGGAGAGGGAGCAUGUUCUGCAACAGAACAUAUCACUUGAGCGUGAUAGAGCAAAACAAUUUAUCAGGGAAAAGAAUAGACAAGCUGCAAAGAACUGCUUGAAGAGGAAAAUGUAUAUCGAAAGUAAAACGAAGCAGCUUAAGGUUUUCCAAUCGGCCAUUCGCAAUCAGGAGCAAAAGAUAGCAAGAUUGGCUGAGGUAGCAAAGCUCAAGAGACAACAAACACUCAUCUGAAGAGCAGCUGUUCAUGGAAACGGAGAUUGACUUAUUGAUUCUACUUGUACAUAGAUAUCAUAGCUACAACGAUUGGUUGAUAUUUGAUCAAAUGCUCUCUA